AAACCCAGACGAAACCAGACCUAGACCCAACUACGAAGCAGACCUACCAUGCCAUCUCCCCAUCCUCUCCGAUACCGGCUACUCUCAACCUGCAUCCCGCAACGAUCUAGCCAGCCAGCAUAUCCCAAGACUUCGCCUGCAUUCAGUAGCAUCCGAUGCUUCGGAAAGCUUACCUAUCUUCCUCUAUGCGCUUAUUGCAAACUGUACAGGCAAGAUGGAGCAAAACGCCACUACCGCCAAGCACUUUGCUAAGCAGCCCAUCUUCAACAACGCCAAGGUCAGGGGCGGAAAGAAGGUCAACUCCAGGACCAAGCGUUGGUACAAGGAUGUCGGUCUUGGCUUCAAGACCCCUGCCGAGGCCAUCAACGGAACCUACAUCGACAAGAAGUGCCCCUUCACCGGUGAAGUCUCGAUCCGAGGCCGAAUCCUUUCCGGAGUUGUGAAGUCUACCAAGAUGACCAACACCAUCAUCAUCCGAAGGGACUACCUCCACUUCAUCCCCAAGUACAGGCGAUACGAGAAGAGGCACAAGAACCUCGCCGCCCACUGCUCGCCCGCUUUCCGAGUCUCUGCUGGUGACCAGGUCAUCGUCGGCCAGUGCCGACCUCUGUCCAAGACCGUCAGGUUCAACGUCUUGAGGGUGCUCGAGAACAAGCAGGCCGCCCGUGCGUUCAGGAAGUUCUAAACGCCUCCAUCUCUUUGAACGCCAGUCAUCGCCCGCGUCCGGGAUCGCUCGCUAGCCAGAGGACGUAGGGUGGGUGAUUUGGUGGGAAGAGAAGAUGGUUCCCGAAAGAAGGGAAGGGAUUUUUUUUUCCUUUGGAGGGGAGCGUUUUGUGCAAUGGGAAUAUGUUAUUCUCUGUUUUAUUAUGAGAUGAAACGAUUUCCUCGGGGUAGACGGCGAUUUUGUGACCGGUGUGCGGUUCCGUGCUGUCUGUCGGGACAGAUAGUAUGACCAGAGCAGUAAUGACGGUGUUUCACUUGAGAUCUCG